AGAGACAAAAUAUCGCUUCGCUCCCCUGAAUCAGUUGAUCGUUGUGGUUCACUUGUGCUUGACGUACUUUCUUGAAGCACAUUCUACUUUUCUGUUUCUCAAGAAACCAAAACAAAGAAAAAAAACAUAAAAACAAAAUAAGAAAAAACUAAGAUGGGAAAGCCAGCUUUAUACUAUGCCACCCUAAGUCCACCUUCAAGGGCUGUUAUGCUUACAGCCGCUGCUCUUGGCGUUGAAUUAGAAAUGCGUCCAAUCAACUUGCUCAAAGGGGAGCAUCUUACACCGGAAUUCAUCAAAAUGAAUCCACAACACACCAUUCCCACUUUGGACGACAAUGGAGUCAUAAUAUAUGACAGUCAUGCAAUUUGCUCCUAUCUAGUUGGCAAAUAUGGCAAAGAUGAUAAACUCUAUCCCAAGGAUUUGGCUAAACGUGCUGAUGUCGAUGCUCGCUUGCACUUGGAUUCAGGACAUUUAUUUGCUCGUUUAAGGAUGCUUUAUGAGCCUAUUUUAUACUAUGGCUCAACUGAUUGUUCAAUCGAUAAGAUUGCCUACAUCCAAAAGUGCUGGGAUAUUAUGGAGAAUUUCCUAAAAGAAUCACCCUAUUUGUGUGGCGAUGAACUGACCAUUGCUGAUUUAUGUUGCAUUGCAACAAUUACAUCGGUGGAUGAAGUUGCACCAAUCAAUGAAACCAAAUAUCCAAAGCUUUUGGCUUGGAUGAAUCGAAUUUCUGAAUUACCUUACUAUAAGAGUGUUAACGAGGAGGGAGCUGAAGAGUUGAAGAAGCUAUUCAAGGAGAAAUUGGCCGAAAAUAAAUCAAAGAAAUAAAAACGUAUUUUUUUAUAUUCAUAAUUUUUUGUAAUUAUAUUAUUCUUUAAUUUUUGUUUGAAAAUAAUUAAAAGACAUAUUAAUAAA